UCCCAGAGAAAAGGUGGUGGUCGUGGACUGAACGUUUGCAGCGAGGUGGGUUUGCACCACUGGUUGCCGAAGCGCUGCGAGACGAGAAAGCAUUGACCGCAGCAACAAGAGCCUGCAACCGGGGGGAAGGGAAGCGAAGUCAAGCCUGGCUCGGUCUGGUUCAUUCUUCCUCGCCGCCCCGCCUUUGGGUGGCUGGCAGGCGGGCGGGCGGGCAGCGGAGCAGCCAGCGCGACUGCUCCGGCCUCCGUCGAAUUACUCGGGGGCUGUGGCUGGCGCCGCCGGACAAAAUAAGGAAAGGCGGGCGCGAGGAAGGGAGCCGGGGCGGCUUCUCUCCUUCUCCUCCUCUCUCCCUCUCCCCCUUUCUGUGUGUGCCGUGUGUGCUUCCUUCUCCCUCUCCGCGUUAUACAGGCCUAGUUGCGCGACUGGACCCUGGCUGGUGAGGUGCGCUGGAGUCGCCUUCCUUUCCACCCCCACCUCCGGUCGACUCAGACGUGCUAAGUCAGCCUCGGCUGCGGCGAGCGAAGGUGAAGAAGGCGCAGGCCAGGAGGAGAGGCCUAGCGCCGUCCCUGAGGCGCCGGUGCCUGGGCCAGAAGCGACUCCUCGCCGCGAUGGUCUGAGCGCCGAGAAGCGGCCGAGCGAAGAUGGCUGGCGGCGGCGGCGGCGGCAGCGGCAGAAGGGUCGAGGAUUUCGGGCCGAGCCCCUUUCUCGACGCUUUGGAUAAAUCACAGUCCAAACGGGAUGGAGGUUUUAAAAAUAGCUGGAGCUUUGAUCAUUCAGAAGAAAGUGAAGGAGAUACAGAGAAAGAUGAAGCCAGUCUGCUGAGUGUAGAUGAGAGUGAUGGAACCUGUAGUCCUAAUGGUGAAAAGAAAUUACAACGUUAUCGCUCAGGAACUAUUGGUGCCACAGAUGAUUCUAUGAGAAUAUACACUAGACGAAACAAAUCUGAUGCUUCUAGAAUUUCAAAAGGAAACCCUAUUGGACUGAACAUGUUGGGAAGCAGCAAGCAAUUUAGUGAAAAUGUUCACAGUAUAUCUUGUUCUGGAACAUUAGCGCAGGCUAGACGUUGUCACCACGCUCAUGUACAAACACCUGUAGUAAAGACAGCAGCACAAAGCAAUCUGGAUCUAAAGGAAAGAAAAAAAUAUCCCCCUAAUAUUCUGAAGAUUGAGAAUGAAUGCAGCAGAAUGCCUCGGCUUCCAGAGACAAAAAGUGUGUUGGAAAAUAGAGAAGAGUCUGGAUCAGAGUCAGAUUCAGGAAUUACAAGGAAGGUACAACUGAAACGUCACUGCACUUUAUAUUCAUCUCCUGCUACAAAAAAAGGUGCAACCCACCUAGAGGGUCUGGAACAGAAUAAUUCCUCCACAGUUUGCCCAUGUGUUGGGAAAGGAAAUGAAACUCAGAACAAAUGCCAAAUUUGUGGAACUUUUUAUAUUGGGGGCUUGCAAAGACAGUCAAUGCAAAACUUGGCAUUAAACGAUACUUUGGGAUCUUUGACACGAGAAUCAAUACAUGAUAAUUCAACAGGGCAAAAAUCUUUAAGCACAGGACUAAAUACAAAAAAAUUCUACGGGUCUUCUGGUACAGUUUCAGCUGAUGUCAUGGUGAGGCGUAGUAUAGGCCCUGCUAUGUUGCGGCCAAAUGGAAAAGUUGCUUCUAGAAUUACAGGAAACAUAAGGCAGAGGAGUACAACAGCAUCUGAACUAAAUGAUCCAAUUGUUUUGUCCAGUGAUGAUGAUGAGGAGGAUGAAAUUGGCAGCACUAACCGAAUGGAGAGCAUAUCUCCACGUCCAGCAGAUUCAGCCUGUUCUUCUCCUGCACCUUCCACAGGAAAGGUGGAGGCAGCCUUGAAGGAAAACACUUGUGAACUAGAACAAAGGCUAACUAGUAUUACAGCAGACACAGAGGCUGCAGUUAUAUUACCAAGAAAAGCAAGAAUGAAAGACCAGUUUGGCAAUGUUGUAUCCAAUGCCCCAGUAAAACGUCGCAAAGUUCACUCCCAGGAAGCUGCAACGGAUGCCGUUGUCUCUUUACCAUACCAGAACUCUUUUGACAGUGUCAUUCUAAACUGUCGAAGUAUAAGAAUAGGAACCCUGAGAAAAAUGGUGGUGGAACCUGUAAUUUUUUGCCUAGAAUAUAUCAAGAUACGCUUGGAAGAGUCAGAAAAUGAUACUAAUGAUAUUAAUUUAAAAACCUCUGAACUUACCAAGUGUGAAUGGUGUGGGGUACGCAAGUUGCCAGUAGUUUUCCUGCAAACUAUACCUUCUGCCUGCCAAAGUUUGAGAUCGCAACUGAAGAUGAACAGGGAGAAGGAUAAUGUCUGGUAUGACUGCAAAGGGGCAAAUCCAGAAGAACAGUACAUCAUUUUAAUAUUUGAGACCGGCCUUGAUCCUCAUGCAAAUGCAAUAUUUGAAAAAAUAAUCAUGGAUAUUGGUAUCAGGAACAACAUCUCUGAUUUUUUUGUGAAAAUUACUUUUGAAGAAGCAAAUAGUAGGCUUGUGGCCUUUACAAAAUCAUUUGAAGACACUUCUAGAGGGAACACGGCUCAUAAAGAAGGCAAACCAAAACAUAGCUGUUUGCUGAGGAGGUUUUGGUUGAGGUCUAAGUUGCCUUUCCACCAGCAGAAAGGAAUCCUGCCAAGUGGGGAAAGAGGGGCAUAUCUGUGGAGGUCUCUGUGUGUCUAUGAAAAGCCCCACCAGCAUCAACCUACUGUUAGCAGUGGUUGUAGACUCCUGAAAUGGGAAGUGUUGAAAGCAGACUUGAUUCUACUGGAUCUAAAGCCCCUCCAGAAUUUGUCACAGUUAAUCUCUCUCCUGCCUACCAUUGGAUUAACUGGAAAGGUUGAAUCUAAGAUGCAACUGAGAAAUGCAACACAGUUCCAGUUUUUUGAUGAUGAUGAAAGUGGGGAACCACAUACUGUUUUUAUUGGCCCUAUAGAAAAAUUGAUCGUAUAUCCCCCUCCUCCGUCAAAGGGUGGCAUUUCUGUUACCAAUGAAGAUCUUCAUUGUUUAAAUGGAGGAGAAUUUUUAAACGACGUAAUCAUUGAUUUUUAUUUAAAGUACCUGGUGCUUGAAAAAUUGAAAAAAGAAGAUGCUGAUAGGAUUCAUGUGUUCAGUUCCUUCUUCUACAAACGCCUUAAUCAAAGAGAAAGGAGAAAUCUUCAAGAAACCUCAAAACUCACAAUUCAGCAGAAACGGCAUGGCCGAGUGAAAACAUGGACACGACAUGUUGAUAUUUUUGCAAAAGAUUUUAUUUUUGUUCCUCUCAAUGAAGCAGCACAUUGGUUUUUGGCUGUGAUCUGCUUUCCAGGUUUAGAGAAACCCAUAUAUGAGACCAAUCCAUAUUACCAGGAAACUGUACCUUCACAAGUUAAAUCUUCCUCUUUAGAUCAAGACUCAAGCACUUCACCUCCUUUACCUAGUGAAUUGGAUAUAUUACAUCAAUCCCCCUCUGCAACAAUAACAAAGAAGGUGCUGAACAAGAAGCAAAUUGCAGGCUUAACUGACACAAGCCCAGAGGCUGAGGAGAGUGAGUCGCUAUACUGCAAAAGAAGCCCUUCCGUGAAAGGUGGCUUUAAAAAACUGAAUCAGUUAAAUAGCACCACAGAAGAACUCAGAACUGUGGAACUUGUAUGUCAUAAACAUGACCACAGGGCUACAGAGGCGAAUGGCAUGCAGAGUGAACAUAAAACUCACAUUCAGGCUGUUGAUGGCUUACAGAAAAUUAGGCUAAACUAUAGUGAAGAUUCAGCUGACAGUGGCAAAUUAAAUGAAGAUGAGCUUAUAGAUUUUUCAGAAGAUCAAGAUAACCAGGACAAUAGCAGUGAUGAUGAUGGCCUUGCAGAUGACACUUGUAAUUCAGAAUUAGGACAAUGGCAUCUGAAGCCCACUAUAUGUAAACAGCCUUGCAUUUUGCUUAUGGAUUCAUUGAGAGGCCCUUCCAGAUCAAAUGUCGUCAGAACACUAAGGGAAUACUUGGAAGUGGAGUGGGAAGUCAGGAAAGGUAGUAAACGAAGUUUCUCCAAAGAUGUCAUGAAAGGCUCAAAUCCUAAAGUGCCACAGCAGAACAACUUCAGCGAUUGUGGUGUUUAUGUUCUACAGUAUGUGGAAAGCUUUUUUGAAACUCCCAUUAUAAGCUUUGAACUACCAAUGAAUCUGACAGACUGGUUUCCACGCCCAAGAAUGAAAACAAAACGAGAAGAAAUAAGGAACAUAAUCUUGAAUCUACAGGAACAGCAGAACAAAGGAAAGAAGGGACAGAAGGACACUAGUUUGACAGAGAAGUCCUUUCAAGAAGCAACAGAACAAUUUAUCAACAGCAGUUCGGACUGAAUACUUCUGUGGCAUGUUAUCUUGACAUUAAAAAAACUGAAAUUUACCAUAUUCACUCCACCCAAUUUAAGGACUCCAAGUAUUAUCAAGUUUCCUGUUGAUGCUUAUAAAAUGUGUGUCAUUAAUUGAACAGAUUCUCCUCAAUGUAUUAACUAGACAAAUCUGUACAUAUGUUAAUUAGGCCAACUUUUUUCAACAUUUGUAAUUAAGUUUUUCACUACUUAGGAAACCUUUGUUAUGAAUUUCUGUUAAUAGAACAAUAGUAACUUCUAGACACAAUGCAAAUAAAGAAAAUAUUUAUAGGAUAAAUUGGUUAACUUUUCUGUGUUAAGUAAAGUUGUCAUUGAACAUUUCCCAGUAAGACUUCUAGAAUGCAUGGGGAAUGCUUAUGUAGCAAAGUAAUCAAAUCCAUACUUUGAUUUACAGUUGCCGUUACAAGAUGUUCUACUUCAACUAUGUACAACAAUGUAAGAAUGUGUCUAAAUGCAUUGUGUUUCCAAGGUGAGUGGUUUGCAUUUUAAAUCCAAGCGCAGGCAAUAUGAUCUUCAGUAAUGAAUGCUUCAGAUAAUGAAAGAGGGUAUUUCACAAGUGCUUGGGAUAAUGCUGCACAAGUCUUAUUCAAGCAGUAUUUAGCACAGUAUCAAAUACAGUCAGCAUAAGUAAUAAUACUGGAUCCUUUUUAGUGGUUCCUGAAUGUUGUUUAAUUGUACUCUGACAUUCUUUCAUUAUAAAAUUGUAUUUUGGUAAGUGGCUUGAAACAGCAGCAUACUGCCCACAUUACAUUUCUGUGUCAGAAUUCUGAAUGUUGCAUUCAUAUGUGCUUUAUCUGAUAAACAUUUUUAAAUGUAUGAUUACUAUUUUUUGUAAUGCCCAGAAAACCAAAAUAUUGCUAGAUUUCAUUGCUUGCUUGCUUGCUUCUUAAUUUUAAGUAGAGUUGUCUAAUAAUAUUGAGUCAACUUGUUGGCAUAUUGACAUGAUGUAAUUUGAUUUUUAAAUUAUGUAAAAAAGUUCCACCUUAUGAUACUGGCCUCUAAUAGUCCAAACAAAAACAACUACCUUCCAUAACUUCUAAAGAAAAAUUCAGAAGGUACUGUACUCCAAAUGAGAAGAGAGAUACUAUUUGUUUUUGUGUAACAAUGCCUUUGCCCAAAAGAGACCUUUGUGUUCUUUCUAAAGGGGAAGAUAGUUUUGGAUGAAAUACCUUGGCAGGACUGUAGAUAAAGCAGGGAAUUCAUGCAACCAUCACAGCCACACAUCCUUUUCAACCUGUUUACAAAAGGGCAGACGACUAUGCAUUAGUUCUUGAUUCUUGCUGGUGGUCACAUGCUCAGCAGCCACAUUUUAAAGAGUACUUUCUCCAAAGAAGUAUUUCCAAAGUCACAGGAUUGAUAAAAAGAGCAUACAGUUUGCAGCUGUAGUACUGCACAUAAGCAUGGUUAAAUAGCAUCCAUUUCAGCUGAAGAAGCCUAACAAGAACAAGAAGCCUACCUUUGCCAUAUCCCCCCCCCCCAUGCUUACCACUGUUAGCAGAAAACCAUGGAAAAAACUUCCUCCAUUAAUUCAUACAGAACCAGUUCUUGGGAUUAUACAAAAAGAGCAUAACUGACUUUCAGUUACCUAGUAUUUGUCUAAAAAUUGUCUGAGAGUUACUAGGAAUUAAAAGACGCUAGUUAAGAGGAAGCAUUAAACAAGGGUUGGAAACAAAUGUAAACAUUUGCUGGCUUAGCAAUUGCUUUUAGUACUACUUGAAUGCAUUAUAGUAGAGAGAUUUACCUAGCAAAAGACAUACGUCCAAUUGCAAGGUUAUUUGUUGCAAUAUCUUGAUUUGGUUGAAAUGAGAUUUUUGUUUUUGUUUUUUAACAGGUUGUGAUGUAUCUUAGUUUCUGAUUAUUCGGUUCUAUUCCUGAGAAUGGCCUGGAGCUUGUAUUCCUUUUCAAGAUGUGAAGAAUGCAAUGUUUCUCUCUUAAUAUUAUGGUAAAGGAUAAGUCAUGCAGCAAGCUGAUACAUAUGUUGAUAUAGAUUUAUUUUUUUAAUAAAAUAAUGGAAAACAGG